AUGGUUUGUGAUUAUCCAAAACAGAAAACAUGGCAACAGUUUCGGACUCCGGCUGCCCAGCCAUCCCACUCAAAGGAUUUUGCUACCCUGAUUGGUAAAGCCCAUCACCAAUGGACUCGACGAGGAAUCAUAGAAAUCAACGAGAAUCAUAAGCUUUUUGAAUUAUCCCGCUGUAUACAGAUGGGUAUACGAGAGUGUUAUGACCCACGACAAAUUAAUCAGGGAGAUGUUCAUCUUCAAGAUGAAGACUACCAAGAGGAAGUAAUUAUAACUCUUGUCGAGAAUGAUCUCAAAAAGCUUUUUGAGUUCAGAAGCUAUGCUCCUAAAGUAUUUGCCGCAAUACGUACCUUGAUAGGAGUUACAGAGUCGGAUUUUUUGGAGUCACUUUCCCCCUCAUCAGGGUUCCCCAAACUCUUCAUGGAAUUUAUCACCUCUUCGAGAAGUGGAAUGACCUUCUUUCUGUGCAAUAAUAAAGCCUUUAUCUUGAAAACUGAGAAAUACACGGAUGUCUGUUUCCUGAGGAAGGAUUUCCUGCAACGUCUUGUGAAGCAUUUUGUGAACUACCCUCAUUCGUUACUAGUGAAGAUCGUAGGCUGCUACUUCAUCAAACUCAAUGGAAGUAAAGGGAUCUAUUUCACAGUUAUGCAGAGUGUUUUCUACCCUGAUGACCGUAUCACGGAAAGAUAUGACUUGAAGGGAUGUUCUGCUAGUCGCUACGUCAAACCAUUAAAGGAAGAAAGCCAUAAAGUUAUUGUGCUUAAAGACAAUAACUUUGAGGGAAAGACAAUUCAAAUAGGAGCCCAGAAAUGUUGGUUUAUUAAGCAGGUUGAGAUCGAUACAAAGUUUCUUGAGAAUCAGGGCGUGAUGGAUUAUAGUCUCAUACUCGGUGUUCAAAUCCUGCAUGCUGAUGAAAAGAUAAUGACGGACAACCUUGCUGACGUUGUAGUCAGGGCCAGAAGAUCCGUCAAACUCUUACCAGAGAGUCCAAACAGUUUGUGUCCGAACUGCAAGCGGAGACUUCCCUCGUGGAAUCAGAGAUCUACCGUCAAAAUCCACCCGGGCUUGAAGACUCCUUCAAAAUCGUCAAGCCCCCAAGAUAUUAAUGAAACAGAAUCAAGAAUUCAACAGCACUUGGAUUAUGCUGCUGAUGAUGAAUUAAGUACUACUGGCGAAGCGGGACGACACCAACUCGACGAAAGAGAACUCCUACCUGUAGAUAUGGACACACCUGAUAGUACUAAAGAUGAUGUCGGACUAGGUGAGACUAGUGGACAGGUUUUGCCUGGAAUGGUUACCAUGAGCAAUAGCCAAGGGAACCAGCUAAACAGCCAAGGGAACCAGCUAAAUGAACCUCCAGAGUUGAGAGAAUCCAACUCUAGUUUUUGUGAAUGUGCGAAUCUUCUUAAAAUGGACGAAGUUUUGAACUGCAAUCAACGUUUACUUCCAAACACUGCAAAUCCGUUACAUAUCAUUGAUGGACAGAAUCACCGGUAUUUCGUUGGAAUUAUUGACGUUUUUACUCGGUUUACAUUUCGGAAAAAGAUGGAGCAUCUGUACAAAUGUAUGCGCUACCCAACUCAAUCGUUCUCUACGGUUAGACCGGAGCAAUACGCCAAAAGAUUCAGAGAGUUUUGUUCCGCAAAAUCUGAAUGAAAUUAUUUUAAACGGUAAAAGGAUUUUGAAGAUAUUGCUAAAAUUUGGAGUGGUAAUGUCUUUGCAUGCAGGAAGAUUAAUCCAUUCACGCAGAAACGUUUCUCAGAUUGAAACGUACAUGAAUCCCGCUCUCUAAAACCAUAUUCCUUUGAAAGGAAAUUGUUUGAGCAAAAUGUUUGACAUUAUCAACAGCCGCAGUGCUUCUUACCAGGUAAAUUUGUUAGGGUCAUGAAUUUUUGGAGUAAUUCCCAAAAGUUAUGAACCCUCCAUUUAAGUUGAAAAUAAUACCACACAUAGAACAACAAAUCUACAUUGUAAACAUUAUUUGAUUCAGUUACUCUCAAUCAUGUUAUCUGUAAUCAGCUUAUUUGAUUCAGUAACUCUCAAUCAUGUUAUCUGUAAUCAGCUUAUUUGAUUCAGUAAGGCCGUGUACGAA